AUGAAGCUCCAUUGGAAAGUCACGACCGGAUCGCUGCUAGAGCUCGCAGUGACGGCCACCGGCGCCGCCGCUACCGGCUGGUUCGGCGUCGCGUUUUCCAAGUCCGGCGGCAUGGUGACGUCAGACGCGGUCAUCGCGAACCAGGGCGGCUCGCCCGUCCCCGUUAAUACGUACGCCGUUACUUCCUACUCGACGGUGAAAGCCACGACCGCGUUCGGCGCGGGCGGAAAGGCUUUCACGGGCGGAACGACGGCCACGAUGAAGUUCACUCGCAGCACGGGCGACGGAGGGGUGGCGCCGGUGAACGUGAGGGGCAGCAACAGGAUGGUGUAUGCUUAUUCCAAGAGCGGCGCCAAGACCAUUGCUUACCACGGCUCGCACUACGGAGUCUUCACAGUCGAUUUCUCCUGCAAUGGCUCCCCCGUCGCCCCCCCGCCUCCCCCUCCGCCCGCCACCAACCCCCCUCCCCCCACUGGCGGAACAACCACCCCCCCUCCUCCCCCUACUGGCGGAACAGGCACCCCCCCGCCUCCCCCCGCUGGCGGGGCAGGCUCCAACCCCCCUCCGCCCACCACCAGCGCCCCGGCCCCUCCGCCUCCCCCCCCUUCUUCCUUCGCCACGGGUAGAGCCUGCCCCGCAUCCACCCUCCCGGGAUACGCCUUCCAAGUCGCCCUGCGCCCGCCCAAUCUCUUCCUCCACUGGACCCCAGUGUCAGCCACACAGGUGGACAUGGCAAUAGAGGCCAAGGCGGCAGGCAGGGCCAAGGAUGGCUGGAUCGCCCUGGGAUGGUCGCCCAAAGGAAAGAUGUCGCCCGCUGAUUCUGUUAUCGGGAACCUGGCUGGCGGGCUUGUAAUGCCGUAUGUUAUUAAGGGGUACAGCAUGGGCAGGAUUCAGCCAACUUCGGCGUUCUCGAUCGGGAGUAACGCGGCGACGGUCACGACCGCGGCGAAUGAUACUGUUAUCACCUUCUCUCGCACCAAGAACACGGGAGUGGUGAUGCGAUUCCCCAUGGCUGGCCUAUCUAAGCUGGUCUGGGCCUUCUCCCGCCCGGGCUUUCCCUCGCUUUCUUUCCACGGCAACAGCUAUGGCACCGCAAAGGUGGAUUUUUCGUGCCGUCUCAUCCUGCACUGGGUGCGCCGCAACCUGCUCUUCCUCGAUCUCGUCCUCCACUGGGUGCGCCGCAACCUGCUCUUCCUCGAGUUCGCGCUCGAGGCGCGCUUUGGAAGCGGCGCGGAGAACGGGUGGGUCGCCGUGGGAUGGUCGCACGACGGUCGCAUGGUCCCGAGCAUGGCGAUCGUGGGAUCUCCGGCCGGCAUUGCCGCCCAAGCACCGGGCGGCAAGGGGAUGGGUUCGGGCGGCAAAGCGGGUGUUCUGGGCGGCGCGGCUGGCGUGGCGUCGUAUGCUAUUAGCGGGUAUAAGCUGGAAGAUGUGCGGCGAUUGGUGGAAACUACGGGGAACGGGGGAGGAGAGGAGGUGGGGAGCGGUGGGGAGGGGUGGAGCAUUUACACGUCAGCUCGAGGGUCGACUGUAAUGCGCUUCUCCCGGAGCCUCGCCUCGAACCCGCCCAUCCUCAAUACAAGCACAACCGCUAUAAGCACACCAGGGGGAGGAACCCCCUCUAACGAGCCGACGUACAGCAUGAGCCACCAUGUGAUCUGGGCCUACUCGGAUCGACGAGAGGAUGUGCUUCGAUACCAUGGCAAGAACAGGGGCUCCGCCUUUGUGGAUUACAUGUGCGACCUACUCGCCUCGCCUGCCCGCCAGUCCUGCCAGCCGUCAACUCUGCCCGGCUACACCUGCAUGCUACAGCUACAGGGAAACAGCUUCACUCUCCACUGGCAUCUCACCCCCUCCUCCCUACUCCUCGCUGCUGACGUGGCAACCACCGGUUGGAUCGCUCUCGGCUGGUCGAAGGACGGCAAGAUGGCCGGCAGCGAGGCAGCCAUUGGGAACCUGCCACGUGGCACCAUCAAGACAGGAGGCGGUGCUGACGUGGCAGGAAAGGAGGAACAGGCUGUGGGGUCGUUCCUGAUUGGUGGAUACGAGAGGAGCGCCAUCCGUCCGGCGCCGAAGGUCACUGUGACUAAUGCGAGUGUGACAACAACGAGCAGAGGAAGGACUGUGAUGAAGUUCGAGCGGCCACUAGUGAACGGACAGUUGCCGCUUUCCGCUGCUGACGUGGCAACCAUCAUCUGGGCGUACUCCAACGAAGUGUCUAUCAACCUGGUCACAGGAGAAUCGAUCACUGCCUCUCCACCCCCCUCCUCCCCCUCCGCCUCCGCCCCUCCGCACUUGAACAAGCCAGCCAUCAUAGCCCAUGCCAUCUGCCUCAUCACUGCUCUCCUCAUCCUCAUGCCCUCCGCCAUCCUCCUUGCCCGGAUCUGCCUCGUGAACCUUCCUGGAAACGACGAAAACUGUCGUACGAGCAGCAGCAGCAGCAGCAGUAGUGGCCUCGUUACAGUCACGUUGGGUAGAGACACGCACACUGGCCCGCUUCGGCUUGCUGAAGCCAACGCCCAGCUAGAUGCCAGCAUGGCUAGUUUUGCCCAUGCUGAGUCAGCUGCUGACGUGGCUGGUGCACAGGGUGCCACGUCAGCACGUGCAGCCCAGCUGCGGCGGCAGGAGGGGAGGGAUAUGAUUUCACAGCUGCAGCAGAGCCGAGCGUUCUGGUUUGGAUGGCACAAGUUUCUGCAAGUGGCUGCUCUUGUCUGUAUCUUCAUCGGGUGCAUCACAGCGUUUGUCUCAUCUGGGACUCACGGCUUCAGUCACGCCCACGCGUGGGUCGGCAUUGCUGUCCUCAUCCUCCUCCUCGUCUGCCAACCACUCGUCAUUUUCCUCCGCCCGCACAACAACGGGAAUGGAAGCAUCGACCUACCGCAGUUUGCCAUGUGGACAAAGACCACGUGGCACUGGGUGCACUGGGCGGUUGGGAUUGCGGCGGUGGUGAUGGGAUGGGCGAAUAUAUUCCUUGGAAUGAACCUCUACUUCAGCUUCAUCGGAAGCGAUCCAUUUCUUCACGAGGGCGGUGGGUUCACGCGGGCAGUGGGUGAUGUAGCAGCGGUGCCUCUGUCACUAGAUGCCUCCAACGUCAUUCUCUGGGCGCACUCCCCUGACAACUUGCACACGCCACUCUACCAUGGGCCCCACCGAGGAGCAUUGCUUCUGGACUACUCCUGCGCCUCCCCUCCUCGCCGGCCCCCAGUGGCCCCACCAACACUGCGUGGCGUUGCCUGUGACCCCUCUCCCCUGCCGGGAUACACCUGCUCGAAGCAGCUACGAGGCAGCGAUUUCAUCCUGCACUGGCGGGUCAACAAGGCCUCAGUCUCUCUGGCAGCCGAUGCAGCCACAACAGGCUGGGUGGCCCUCGGGUGGUCCCGCAUGGGCCGCAUGGCCGGCAGCGAUGCCGCCAUAGGCAACCUGCCGUACGGGGCAACGGGCCUGGGCAUGCCGGCAGUGGGGGCGUUCUCUAUCAGGGGGUACAGCCGCGAGUCCAUCGGCCUCUCUGAGCUCUUCCGAGCUGCCAAAAGCGGCGUCGCCACUGUCAAUGGCCGGACACUCAUUUGGUUUGAGCGUGUGUUUGGAGCAGGCAUAAACCCGAUGCACGAGAAUGGCCUAGCCAACAUCAUAUGGGCGUACGCGGGGGAUGGGUCGCAGAACCUCGAAUUCCACAUGCAGAACCGGGGCGCCACCCCCUCCUCUGCUGCCUCCUCGGCUGCACGCUCGCGUUCGCAGCCGUCGGAUCGGACGGCCUGA